GGUUUGUGCUGGGGCUGCCGAGAGUGGAAGUGGCGGUAUCACUUACUGGGACAGCGCCAAGGGGUUGGUCGCUGAGCAGAAGGGAUGUCGCAGCAGAGGAUUCUGCCCCAGAGCAAGGAGACGCUGCUACAGUCCUAUAACAAGCGGCUUAAAGAUGACAUUAAAUCCAUUAUGGACAACUUCACCGAGAUAAUCAAAACCGCCAAGAUAGAUGAAGAGCAUCAGGUUUCCCGUUCCACACAAGGAGAGCAGGACAACUACGAGAUGCACGUCAGGUCUGCUAAUAUAGUCCGGGCAGGGGAAUCCCUCAUGAAGCUGGUGUCGGAUCUGAAGCAGUUCCUGAUCCUGAAUGACUUUCCCUCCGUCAACGAGUCCAUCAACCAGCGGAACCAGCAGCUCCGCGCCCUGCAGGAUGAGUGCGACAAGAAGCUCAUCGCCCUGAGGGACGACAUCGCCAUUGAUCUGUAUGAACUCGAGGAGGAAUAUUACUCUUCCAGUGUGUGUGAUCCGAGUGAUCUUCCCCUGUGUGAAGUGUAUUGGAACAGGGAGAGCACAGCGUCGUCGCCCGAGGAUCCCUCCACCCCACUGGCGCCCAUUAUGGCAGAAGCAAGUGCCGCCCCAAGCCAGAUCCAUACGCCCCCUCACUUAAAUGGUCACGGAGCGGGCAUGGCGGAACAUACCUGAGGAUGGAGCACACAGGGACCAACUGGAUUCAUUAUGGGAACAAAUCCGCUUAUGUAUAUAAUGGUUCUUACUCUUUAGGUACUUAUGUAUAUUAAGCUUUGGUUAACCAAUGGUAAGAGGUGCACCAUUCCACUAACCAAUAGGCUGUUGCCUUUAGCUCUCUAUUAGUUACUGUGUUUUCUUGCCGUUAGAAUACCAAAAGCAACACUUGUAUUGGUUACUGGUACAGGUAUAAGAUCCUUUAUCCAGAAACAGAUUAUCCAGAAUGUUCCGAAUUACGGAAAGGCCGUCUCCCAUAGACUCCAUUAUAAGCCAAUAAUUCUAAUUUUUAAGAAUGAUUACCUUUUUCUCUGUAAUAAUAAAACAGUACCUGUACUUGAUCCCAACUAAGAUAUAAUUACCCCUUAUUGGGGGCAGAACAGCCCUAUUGGGUUUAUUUCAUGGUUAAAUGAUUCCCUUUUCUCUGUAAUAAUAAAACAGUACCUGUACUUGAUCCCAACUAAGAUAUAAUUACCCCUUAUUGGGGCAGAACAGCCCUAUUGGGUUUAUUUCAUGGUUAAAUGAUUCCCUUUUCUCUGUAAUAAUAAAACAGUACCUGUACUUGAUCCCAACUAAGAUAUAAUUACCCCUUAUUGGGGGCAGAACAGCCCUAUUGGGUUUAUUUAAUGGUUAAAUGAUUCCCUUUUCUCUGUAAUAAUAAAACAGUACCUGUACUUGAUCCCAACUAAGAUAUAAUUACCCCUUAUUGGGGGCAGAACAGCCCUAUUGGGUUUAUUUCAUGGUUAAAUGAUUCCCUUUUCUCUGUAAUAAACAGUACCUGUACUUGAUCCCAACUAAGAUAUAAUUACCCCUUAUUGGGGGCAGAACAGCCCUAUUGGGUUUAUUUCAUGGUUAAAUGAUUCCCUUUUCUCUGUAAUAAUAAAACAGUACCUGUACUUGAUCCCAACUAAGAUAUAAUUACCCCUUAUUGGGGCAGAACAGCCCUAUUGGGUUUAUUUAAUGGUUAAAUUAUUCCCUUUUCUCUGUAAUAAUAAAACAGUACCUGUGCUUGAUCCCAACUAAGAUAUAAUUACCCCUUAUUGGGGGCAGAACAGCCCUAUUGGGUUUAUUCAAUAUUUAAAUGAUUUUUAGUAGACUUAAGUUAUGGAGAUCCAAAUUACAGAAAGAUCCCUUAUCCGGAAAACCCCAGGUCCCAAGCAUUCUGGAUAAUGGGCCCCAUACCUGUAUAGUGCUGGUAUAGUUACUGGAAGAAUGAAAGCAACACUGUUAUUGGCUGCUAUGGCCUACUGGCCUUGACCUUUGUUAUGUUACCUGUUAUUUGUCCCCACCAAGUAUCAACUUGCUGAGAAUAGCCGUAUAAAGGAAAUGUAAACUCAUAAAAACAAAAAGGAUAUUAGCCCGGCUGAUAUUAUGGAUUUGGGACAAAAGCUCCACCUUCUGGUCAUUUUCGGCUGAAAAUAAAUUUCCUUAGAAAAGAAACUUCAGGGGACUCUUCUCUGCUCGCUUCAAUUUUCAAAGCAGAGCAACAUCAUAAUUUCUGUUGGGCAAAAUGACCAGCAGGUGGCGCUGUAGUUUUUCUCUUUUUUUUUUUAGUUUUGGAACAGAUCAUACCAACCACGGCAUAAAGGUCACAUUCCAUUGCUUGUAAAGGGGCUUCCUGUAUUUAUAGAAUAAUAGAGAAUGGCUAGAAUUUUAUUUAAUAUUUUUUAAUUGCUUUUUUUUUUAUUGUAGAUUGUAAUAAAGAUAUUUGUGUUUUUGUA